AGUGACGGAGACUCGGUCGCUGAGACUCGGGAAUAGGAAGUUUCCGGAACCGCAAUGCACUAAGGAUGCAGCCGGUCGCUGAGGCGACAGAGUUCAGUUACUCGGUGAGAGAUGCGCGAACCCUCGGGGAAAUCUUGCAUUCGCCCCAAGAUCCUGCAGUCACAAGACCAGGCUCUCAGGACUCCGGCCCCAGCGCACUGGGACGGAUUCGCUGUCCCUGGUGCUGAACCGCGCUGCCGCCUGUGCUGCGGAGCUGACCGGUGCUGAACCCGGAUGCGGCCCGAUCCGCAGAGCUCCGACCCCGGCCUGCCGCACCCAGCGGCCCCGGCCCCCACUCCAGCCAGUGCUAACUCAGAGCGCUGAGAUCCCUGUACUCCGCGGGCUCCAGCCGGGAUGGACCUGCAGAGACUCGACUCCUACCAGAAGGGAACUGGCCCUGACUUAACCGAGCACGUCCUGCACAAGACCAUUCUGGUGGGUGACAGUGGCGUAGGAAAAACAUCACUGCUGGUUCAGUUCGACCAGGGCAAAUUCAUCCCAGGCUCCUUCUCAGCCACAGUGGGCAUCGGAUUCACAAACAAGGUGGUGACUGUGGAUGGCAUGAGGGUGAAGCUUCAGAUCUGGGACACAGCAGGGCAGGAGCGAUUCCGGAGUGUCACACACGCCUAUUACCGAGAUGCACAGGCCUUGCUCCUGCUGUACGACAUCACCAAUAAGUCUUCCUUCGACAACAUCAGGGCCUGGCUCACAGAGAUCCACGAGUAUGCACAGCAGGAUGUGGUGAUCAUGCUGCUAGGCAACAAGGCGGAUGUGAGCAGUGAAAGGGUGAUCCGUUCAGAGGAUGGAGAGACACUGGCCAGGGAAUAUGGAGUGCCCUUCAUGGAAACCAGUGCCAAGACGGGCAUGAAUGUGGAGUUAGCCUUUCUGGCCAUUGCCAAGGAGCUGAAAUACAGAGCCGGGCGGCAGGCUGGCGAGGCCAGCUUCCAGAUCCGAGACUACGUGGAAUCCCAGAAGAAAAGGCCCAGUUGCUGCUCCUUCUUGUGACUCCUAGGGUGCAAAAGGAGACUCCCUCCCUCAAACCCAGUUUGUUCUGAGAGGCUGAGCCAAUGGGGGUGGGGGCAAUGUACUCCCCCAUCCCGGUUCUAGUUUCUGCAGCCUCCCUGCAUCCCAGAUGAGGGUAAAAUAGUCAUCUUUCAUUUUAAUGAUAUAUCAUUUAAUACCAAAAAUGCACCAGAAAACCAUACCGUGCGAU